AUGGUGCUGCAACUCCAUGUCUGGGGCCCGGCAUUCGGGCUCCCGUCCCUUGACGCCGAGUGCCUCGCCGCGAUCGCGUACCUCGCGCAGACCGCCGACCCAGCCGACUAUCAGCUCAUCCAAAGCAGCCCGUCCGCCGUGCCCACCCAACACCUCCCCGCCCUCCACGACCCCUCCACCUCGACCUGGACAAGCGGCUACACCCCAAUACUCACCUACCUGCAGACCCACCCCCCACCCACCUUCCGCGACCCCUCCGCCAGCACCGCCGCGGCAGCCGCGGCCGACAGCACGGCCUACACCGCCUUCCUCACCGCGCACGCGGCCCCGCUGCUCGCCCUCUCGCUGUACGUCUCGUCGGCCAACUACGCGGCCGCCACGCGCCCGGCCUACAGCGCGGUGCUGCCGCUGCCGCUGCCGUGGACGGAGCCGCCGGCGGCGCGGGCGGCGAUGGCGCGCCGCGCCGCCCACCUCGGCGUGUCGGACGCGCUGGACGCGGAUGCGCACGCCGACGCGCACGGGGUGAGACGCGUCGCUGAGGACGGCGGGUGGGUUACCGUCCCCGCGGCGCUAGGGGGCGGGAGUAGGAAGAAGAGGGUGGGCGGGGUGCAGGGGAUGUUGCGUGCCGAGCAGAAGGCCAGGAUUCGGUUGGAGGGGUUGGCGGAGGAGGUGUUGGAUGUUCUGGGGGAGGUGGAGUGGGAGGGCAAGGGGUGUGGGAUCAGGUGUUUGGUGUUUGGGUAUUUGGCGCUGAUGGUGAUGCCGGAGGUGCCGCGGCCGUGGUUGAGGGAGGUGACGCAGGCGCGGUAUCAGGGGCUGUGGGAGUUCGUGGUGGGGUUUAAACGGGAGGUGUUCCCGGAGGGGAGGACGUUGCCUUGGGCGCAGGAAAAGGCGGCCUGCUCGGCCGUUGCGGUUGGGAUGAGAUUUGUCCGCGGGGUGCUGGGCGAGGUGCCGCUGGUUGGGGAGUUGUGGAGCCGCUGGUGGACGGCGAGGAAGAUGAGUCAGGUGCUGGGAGGGCAGGGGACACAGACGCGAUCUGGCGGCGAUCUGCUGCUGCUUCUCGGGGCCGGGUUAGGUCUGGCGGCCGUGAGCGCGGGCGCGUUCUUCUACAGGAGCCUGCCGCCGUUCGGGGAGGCCGUGCAAGUCUGGCGGAAGCCGGUGGUGACGCUGAGCAGCUUAGGAGCGGCGGGGGCCCUGUUUUCGGGG